CGAGUAUUUAUUUGUUUUCCCACACAGCCGGUCGGACAUAGUUUCGUUGCACUCGUUAAUUAGCGCAUUAAUUGAAUAAAAUACAUCACGAAAAUGUCCGCUGCGUCCAAUCAAUGGGAAGUCGUGUCCAAAUCGCGCAAACAAAAGAAUCUGGAAAAGAAGGUCAGCGCCCAUACGGAACAGAAGCGCAUUGCCGCCCAGCUGCCCAAGCUGGAGGAGCUCAUGCCAACACAGCAAUAUCGCAACUUAUUCGGCAACAACAGCAGCAACAACAACAACAACAAAUCGAAUUCACCGGCAAAAUCCACAUCAAGCAUUGCAUCUGCUUCUUCCAAGGGCAAAUCGCAAUCGCCACGCAAAACAAAUCCAAAUGCGGCGAAAUCAACUGGAGCAGAUUCGGCGAAAAAGCAACCGAAGCCAGCGGCGAAAGCGAAAUCCCUAGAACAGGCCAUGAAGCAAAUAACGAUCGACGAUUUCGCCGCGCAGGUGGCGCAGGUGAAAAUCAGCUGCCCCGGCUCCGAGCUGCGCUGGCUGAGCAAUAUUGCCAGCUAUCUGAACGGCGUCCUGUCCUACGACUGUGAUCCGACAUUCUCCGGAAGGAGUGCGCAAUAUCCGAGCAAUUUGGCCAGCUCCGGACUGAAGCAGGCAAUUUUGGAGUUUCUGCGCAGCGUGGGCGAAACGAAUCUAGAGUAUUUCUUCUACUCGCUGCUGGACAGCAUGGCCACAGAACUGAACAGCGGCCAGACCGUGGCCGGCUACAAGUUUGUGCUGCAGCUAAUUGGCCAGAACUGGCCCAGCAUUUGCGCGCACAACAUGGCCAAGACGGCGCUGUUGCGCAACUCCUAUCAGAAUCGCAGCAACAUCUGCCUCAGCAUCCUGUGGGCCAUCGGGCAGGGCGGGCAUCAGUCGCUGACCGAGGGCGUCAAGGUCUGGCAGAACCUGAUGCUGCCCAACCUCGAGAUGAAGAGCUUUACCAAAUUCGUUGUCGAGCACAUUGAGCGUGUGCUGCUUGCGGCUGCAGCACGCAAAUCCGAGACGCUGCAGCUGAAUCAGCAGGAGUUCUUCGCCUGCUACAAUGCCCUGAAUGCCAGCUACAACAACUUUGCCAAGGAGCUGCAGCAGAGCCUCAAGCGGAGCGCCACUCAGCUGCUGCAACUGUACAUUGCCAGCCCCGUGAAGCAGGCGAACAUUUUCCUGACGCUGCUGCGCGAGAUCGAGUCGAAAAAGCAGCGCACGGAGAUCGAGGGCUGCAUCAGCUGUUUGCUGAGCAGCGGGGCGGAGGAUUGCUUCAAGGUGUGGCGCAUGAACUAUAAGAAACAGCAGCUCUCCAGUUUGGUGCUCUUGCAGACAAUUGACAACGAUUGGACGGAGUCCACGAAACAGUUGGCCCAGUCGCCGGCAUAUCACGCAUUUCUGCAGGAUGUGAAAAAUCUAAACACCGAGCUGCAAACGGGCAAACGCAAAGAUUUGUACGUAGACGAGCUGACAACGGUUUUGAAGAACGUACAGGAGAAGAGCAGCGCACAACAGAAAAAGAACAAACAGAACGCGGCGCAGAAAAAGAAAUGCGGCUGCUGCAAAUGGACGCUGGGCAGCAUUUUGAUUGUGGCUCUGAUUGCCGGCGCCCUCUACUAUGACACCGAGGCGAACGGCAAAGGUCUCUUUGAGAAAUCCGCCACCGGGAAAGUGUUGAAAAACGCCGGCAUUUUGCCCCAGGUGCAGCGCGGCUGGUACGUCACAAUGAGCGCCAGCGCACGCGGCUACAAAUGGGCCGAGCAGCACGUUCCGCCCUACGCCGAGCCGGCGAUCAAGACCAGCUGCGACGUCUGGAAGGUCGCCCGCAACGCCUGCUGCAACGCGUACACGAACGCCCUGAACUAUUGGCGCUCCAAAUGGCCCGCGGUCGCCAAGUUUAUUGAUCAAUAUGUGCCCAAUUUCUCGCACCAACUGGAGGCCUUUGCUGCGGGCGCCAAGGACCUGGCUGUCAACAGUUACGACAAAUCUGCGACGCUCAUCAAGGAGAAGGUGCUGGUUGGACGCUUCUCACCGGAGAACAUUAACCAGGCGCUGAACCAGACUCGCAAUGCUGCGCUCGAGUACUACAAUCAGUUUCACAAAAAGGUGGACGCCUAUGCCAAGCUCAAAUGAUUCUAAGCGUCCGGCACGUUUAGUAACAAACACUUAAACAACAACAACAACAACAACAACAACAACAACUCAAACAACAACAACCCAAACAACGCGUCAUAGUCAAAGCAAUUUAUAGCGAAAACCCAUUUAAAUGCAAUCUUUUUCGGCAAAAACAAAAACAAUAUAUAUAUAUAUUUAUAUUUAUAUUAUAAGCAACAGCAAAUGUAAUCCCCGCCCAACAAAAAUCCCUCCCCUGCCGCCACCCCACUCAUAAUGGGCGGGGUGGUUUGCGGUUGGUUUGCUGUGCUUAUCUAAAAUUAUAAUUAUACAUACAUUUACAAUUAGUAAAUUAAACACAUAAUCAGCAUUUAGUUGUAAAGUGAAAAAAGCAAAAACUAACUAACUAAAAAAAAAACAUUUGUAUAUCUUGUAAAUGAGCUCGCGAGCAUUUUUUGUAAAAUUUUUGCACGUUUCGGUCAGAAUGAAAAAAAAAAACAUAAUAAUAAUAAUUGAGUUCUUUGUGUGUUUGGAAAACGCGUCGCGAGUUUCGUUUCACGCAAUAAUAAACAAAUAAUUUUGUGCA